AUGUUUGCUUGGUUGAAGAGAACGGUUAUUAUGGAUAAUAAUGGAAGCAAUGUUAGAAGCAUGAAGCAAAAAAAUAUCUUCAUUUUAGAUGGUUUUGUUCUUUUGGAAGUAAAUGUUGGGCUUGCCUCCAUGCAUGGGCCAGAUGCCUUUAUAGACCAAGUACGCUUACAACAAUACAUAGAAUCCCUUCCAUCUGCAUAA